AUGUCUAGGCUCGACUGCGCGUCGCCCGUCUGCGGACGGGUGCGACUUUCGCAGCCGUUCGUUUUUUUCGUGCUUCUCGCGCUCGCUCUCGCCCCCGUCUUCUCUCCGUCCUCGUCUCCCUCCCUCUCGCGGCGCGCCUUCCACGGCGCAGCCGCCGUCCGUCUCGACGCCUCCUCCUCUUCCGCGUCGGCUUCGCCGCGCAGCAGCGUGGCUCGCGACUCCUCUGCGGCGGCGGAAAAUGCCCAGUCAUGCACAGAGCCCUCCUCAGCGGCUUCUCCCCUGAAGCCCGAGGAGGCCAGCAGCCCCGCGCUGCCUUCGCUGCGCGAGGCCGAGGAACUCCUUCGCGAGGAGCAAGCCCUCGCAGCGGAACAUGCGCAGCGCGCAGCCUCGGAGGCUGAGCAGUUCGCCGAGGCCGCGAGAGAGGCUGCGGCGAAGGGCGACGUCGCGGCGGCGCAGGAGCUCGCCACCGCCGCUGCCAACGCCGCAGCCGAGGCACAGGAUAUCGCCGCGUACGCGCAGGCCGUCGCAGACACCGACGCCGCGGCCCUGGUGGAGCGCGCGCGGGAGGAAGCCGAGAGGAAAAAGCAGGCCGAGCAAGCCGCCGCGUCGGCGGAUGCGGCGGCGGAGGAGCCUGUCGCCCAGGGCGUCGAAGCGCUCUUCGGCAUCGGUCCCGAGGCGAUCGAGUCCGUUCCCGAGGCCCUGGAGAAGCUGGAAGAACUCGAAAACGCCGUCGAGGAGACUGGUCGCCAGAUGGAGGAGCGAGAGCUGGCGGUCAGCGAGUACGUGAACGCCGCCCAGGAGGCGGCGCUGCGCCACGAGGAGGCAAGCCGCGCCUUCGAGGACGCCACCAAGAACAAGAAGGAGAAUCUCGCUGCCGCUGCAGAGAAAGAGGCUGUGGAGGCGGCUGAGGAAUACGAGGAGCUGGUCGCAGCGGCUGAACUUCUUACGCAAGAAGCCGCCGAAGAGAGCGCCAGGGCGCUCGCCACCGCCGUCGCCGCUGGCGACCUCCGCUACGCGAUCAAUCAGCGCGUCGUCUCGGAGGCCGGCUCCGACGCGCGAGGGAAAGUCCCCCGCGUCCUUCUCGCGCCGAAACACUUUCAAAUCGCAGACCCAGGAAACAAACGCGUCCUCAAGAUCUACUUCCACAACAACUUCGCGCCCUUCGAAGACCUCCCCUGCGCGGCGCUUCACGCGGACGCACUCCUCUGCCGGCAGCACCCACGCUGUGUGGUGCAGUACGAACAGAGCGGCGACGAGCUGCUUCAGCGCUGCAUCCUCGACGACGCGUACCUCUCGCUGGUCGCGAAGACGACCGACUUCUGCUCCCCCGUGCCCGAGGAAGCGGUGCAGACGCCCGCCGCGGCCUCGCCGCUCAACCCCGCCACGUCUCUGGAGCCCAUGGCGGCGGUGACGGAGGGCGAAGUGGAGGCCGUCGCGCUAGAUCUCUUGCAGGAGCUCGGCAUCGACGGCCCUGCGGCCUUGGAGCAAAUGGCUGCAGAGGGACGCGGCUCCUCGAGCCACAUGUGCAACCUCGUCCAGUCGCUCUCUGAGGAGCUCCUGCGCACUGAGCGCGACCCGCGCUGCGGCACGUCGAAGACCUCCGUGGGCGGAGAAAACAUCGCCUUGACAACAGAGGCGCUCUUGGCGUCGAACUUUGGCUUCCUGGGUCCGGCGCCCGUUCCCUCGGCCACCCCCGCGGCGGCUUCCACCCCCGCGGCGGCGCGCAGCGCGAGCAUUCGCAGCCACAACCGGACUGCCUACGCCUCUUCAGCUGCCUCAGGCAAAACUUUGGAGGUCCCCCAGGUCUCGCCGACUGGGUUGUUUGGGCUCCUGGGCGGCAGCGGCGCGAGCUCGAAGGCCAAUGCCCCGAUUCGCAUGGGCAUCAACGGCAUGGGUCGCAUCGGCCGCCUCGUCUUCCGCAUCGCCAUGAGCAGACCGAACGUGACCGUCACGCACAUCAACUGCAGCAUGGAUCCCGCGUAUAUCGCGUACAUGCUCAAGUAUGACUCGGUCCACGGCCGCUUCGACGGCAACAUCGAGGCGACGGCGGAUGGACUCAUUGUGAACGGGCAGGAGAUCUCCGUCUCCAACACUCGCAAUCCAUCUGAGAUCCCCUGGGCAGACAAAGGCGUCGACUACGUCUGCGAGUCGACCGGCGCCUUCUGCACGACGGAGGACGCCCUGAAGCACGUCAGCAGGCCGGGCGGCGCCAAGCACGCGGUGAUUUCCGCGCCGGCGAAGGACGAGACAACGCCGACGCUGGUAGUGGGCGUCAACGCGGAGCAGGAGUACGAGUCGAGCAUGAAGGUGGUGUCGUGUGCGUCCUGCACGACGAACGGGCUCGCGCCGUUGGUUAAGGUGAUCGAUGAUAACUUUGGCUUGGUGGAGGGACUCAUGACUACUGUUCAUGCAGCGACGGGCACGCAAAAGGUGGUAGACGGCACCUCGAAGAAGGACUGGCGCGGCGGGCGCUCGUCAGGUGCCAACAUCAUCCCGUCCUCGACUGGCGCCGCGAAGGCCGUCGCGCGCUGCCUGCCGCACAUGAAGGGCAGGCUGACCGGCAUGGCCUUCCGCGUCCCCACGCUGGACGUCUCCGUCGUCGACCUCACGUGCCGCUUGAACAAGAGUGCGACCUACGAAGACAUCAAGAAGGCUGUCCGCGAAGCGAGCGAAACCUACAUGCGCGGCAUCAUCGGCUACACCGAGGAGCCGAUCGUCUCGCAGGACAUCGUCGGCUCGCAGUGCUCCACCGUGUUCGACGCAAACGCCGGCAUCAUGCUCAAUCCGAACUUUGUCAAACUCGUCUCCUGGUAUGACAACGAAUACGCCUACUCGGCACGCCUCGUCGACCUGAUCGCCGUCAUGGCUGCCAAGGACGGCGUCGUCGCUGAGGGUACCGGUCUAGAUCGAAAACCCUUCUGA